AUGAAUUCGACUGCCAGGCCAGACGACUUGCUCCUUUCAACAAAUAUGUAUGAAGGCUACAAGACAACUAUGCGGUACGUGGGCCAAACGCAUCAGAUUCUAUUGGAAGAUGCCACCGGCAUGGCGGAAUAUGGCGGAAUUCUUCAGCGCACUUACAAGCGAGCCGACGUGGUCUUAAUUUGCGCCGAGGAUGGAAGCCACGCCGACUUCACCGAGCUGCAAGAGGUCUGGCUACGCAAGAUGCCUUACCGUAGUGCCAAUCAAAUGCUCGCUGUAGUCUGUGUUAGAGAUGAAGAAUCCGAUCAAAAGAAGUCGCUAACAACCGAGGUCUCGGAUUGGGCCAAGUACCAGUAUGCAGGAGCCGUGGCCAACAUGCUUGGGGUUGAUAACCAUAUGGUCUGCGACCUCCGCAACUUUCGCGAUGUCGAAAAGGUUUUCUAUAAGGUAUGGCAUAUUCUUCUCUUGUUUUGA